CCGCACCGCAAAUUUAGAGAGGUCACGUCAGUUCAGCUCAACGGUUCCUCAGUCCUCACCCAAAUUAAUUAAUUUCCCAUUUAAUUUCCUUCAUUUUCCAGGAAAAUAAUACUAAUUUACUCGUAGCUUUCCUGGAAAGCGCCAAUCCAAUUUUCCUCUAAAUAAUACAACAGGAAUAGAACGCAAUCCAUCCUUCAUUUUUUCUUGUUUUCCAAAAAAGAAAAGGAAAGAAAAAAUGGGGCAACAGCAAUCGAAGGACGAGUUGCUGUACCAGCAAGUGAAUUACGGAAAUAUAGGAGGCAUCAAGACUCUUUGCAGCCAAGGCGCUGGCCUCGAGUGGAUUGAUAAAGAGGGGAAAACACCACUGAUAUUGGCGUGUUUGAAUCCUCAACUUUUUGAUGUGGCUCAAGCUUUGAUUGAGCUCGGUGCUAAUGUCAAUGCUUAUCGCCCCGGUCGUAGUGCGGGAACUCCCUUGCAUCAUGCGGCGAAAAGAGGUCUUGAAAAUACCGUGAAGUUGCUUCUAUCACGUGGAGCGAAUGCAUUAGUGAUGAAUGAUGAUUGUCAAACUCCUCUACAAGUUGCUAGGGCGAAGGGGCACAGCAAUGUUGUUCGUGCAAUUGAGAGUCAUAUUUGUCUAUUCUCUGGUUGGCUGCGGGAGUUUUAUGGGCCUGGAUUUCUAGAAGUAUUGGCACCUCGGUUGGUUUCAAGAGACGUAUGGGUUGUCAUUUUACCUACUGGUUCUCGUAAUCCUAGAGGGCCUUACAAAUUGGAGCUUGCCAUUUAUUCUAGAUUGCAGGAUGCACAACCACGGACUAUUGUCGCACUGUGGAAAGCAAAUCUGGAAGAAAUGAAAUUUCACCACUCUGAUCCAUCUGUGAUGAUUGUUGAUAACUCCACCACCUCAAGAGGCAGGAGGCGGAGACGAGCGAGGUGUAGGUCUCUAAAUGUUAGGCAAACGCAAAUUAAACUCGCACCUGCAAAUGAAGGUGACAAGCAACAGCUUCAGUGGUUUUGUGAUGCAUGCAAAGGAAUACAGCAGGUAAUGCAUCCUCCAGCAUUUCUGCAUAAUUCUGAGGCUCCAGUUGUUCAAGCAACUGCCCCACCAUCUUCUGAAGAUAUAGAGAUAGCAAUGGCAAUGAAUACCUCCAUCCAGUCUGCAGCAGAGAGACCUAUUUUUGACCCCCACUCCAGCGCUGGGGCAAGUUCAUCCACCAGCUGGAGUUACCCUGUGAAUACUGGCAGUCAAGUUGCUCUGGAAACGCCAGCAGAUCCUCCUCCAAAAGUAACUAGCAGUGAAUGGGCACUGCAUGAAACUGGAGUUACCAGCAGUUCAACUCAGCAAACCAAGAUCCAGAAUAGCAGCAUCACUGAUGUCCGGACAGCAACUGAUGCCCAAGGUUCAGUCCCAUCAGCUCCACCCAUUGUAGAUGAGAUUGUAGAAGAUGGUCCCAUUCACUACCCAUCAAUUGAUUCCAGCCCCAUUGAUACUUCUUCCCUGCCUGUUGAGAACUUACCAGAAAACACAGGUGAAAAGAGAGAAGAUGGAGGUUCUUCAUCAUGUGUAAUAUGUUUAGAUGCUCUGGUUGAGGGCGCUUGCAUUCCAUGUGGCCACAUGGCUGGAUGCAUGUCUUGUUUGAAGGAAAUCAAAGCCAAGAAAUGGGGUUGCCCUGUGUGUCGUGCCAAGAUUGACCAGGUUGUAAGGCUCUAUGCUGUCUGAUUAUUGCUGAAGAAUGAAGCUAGAAAUGGUAAGUUUGGCAGCGCAAGGGAAUUGACAACUUGAGUUGCAGUAGCAGCAGCUGGAUCACCUUGUUUAUGGGUUAGUAACUUCUUGGAACAUUCUACUCGUGUACUUGUGAAAUAAAGCUGAAGCUGGUUAUUGUUAAGACCGUGUUUGGGUAUUUAUAUGAGCCUUUGUGUAUAGUUUAUUUGUAUGCAUAAUAUGCUUGUAUAUUUAAGCCAUAUAUAAACUGCACAAAAGGGAUCCAAAGUGUCUUGCAAUUUUCAAGGUCAUCCUUUAUGAAAAUAACUCGUUCGUGCUAAAUCCAUGUACAUGCAUUUGCUU